AUACACACUACCAGGCUCUUGGGCUGCGCAGAAAGCAAGAGAGAGGCAGAAGGAAGGAAGGAUCAAGACGGGAGUGGAACUGACAGGUGAUGGAUCACAAAACUGAGCAGGAAGGUAUGGAGCCCAUCAAGCGCACAGAGCUGGUGGAAGUUGACGGCAUCCCUUUUCUCAAAAACACAGCAGAUAACUGGCAGCGCUUAUGGGCCUUCAAAGCUCGGCCCGAUGACCUUCUCAUUUGCACUUACCCCAAAGCAGGGACUACCUGGAUACUGGAAAUUGUGAGCAUGAUCCAGCAUAGAGGAGACCCUCAGAAAUGUGACCAGGUCCCCAUCCAUCAACGGAUUCCCCUCAUAGACCAGUUCCCUCCAAAACAUUUCCCCCGAGGCCGGUUGGCACCCUCUGGUGUCUCAGGCUUGGAACAAGCAGAGACAACACCUUCUCCGCGCACACUCAAAUCUCACCUCCCAAUCCAGCUGCUGCCUCCUUCCUUCUGGGAACAGAAUUGUAAGAUCAUCUACGUUGCCAGGAACGCCAAGGACAAUGCAGUCUCCUACUUCCAUUUCCACCGCAUGAACAAGGGGAUGCCAGAGCCAGGAAACUGGGAUGAGUUUCUGGAGAACUUCCUUGCAGGAAAACUUGCCUGGGGCUCUUGGUUUGACCAUGUUUGUGGCUGGUGGGAGGCCAAGGACCGACACCCAAUUCUGUACCUCUUUUAUGAAGACAUGAAAGAGGACCCGGCCCGGGAAAUCCGGAAAGUAGCCCAAUUUCUGGGCCUACAACUCCCCGAUCCAGUUGUGAACCAGAUUGUGCAGCAUACAAUGUUUGAGAACAUGAAACUAAACCCAAAGACUAACUUCAGCUCCGUACCGUCUUUGAUCUUUGACCAAACUGUGUCAGCCUUCAUGCGAAAAGGCACUGUAGGGGACUGGAAGGAGCACUUCACAGUGGCACAAAGUGAGCGAUUUGAUGAUGCCUGUGAACGGUUAUUGGGGGGCAGCAACCUGAUCUUCCGCACACAGUUAUAAGAACAUCUCCCUGCUACCAGUUGAGAGUUCCCCCCCCCCUAACAUUCCUGGAGUGGACAUUUUACCUGUAUUCAAUAAAAUAAGCAAUGAAACCAAAUGGAAGGAACAAGCUGAAACUAUGGGUUUUCCCUUUGUUAUUUCUACCCUCAAUACACCCUCUGAAUUUCGUGCACACAACUAAGUUAGGUCCACUUGUGGGAAUGUUAGGGAUGUGGAUUAGGAUAUAUUAUUAGAUAGAUCCUAUCCAAGCUUGUGUUAUCAAGCUUCCAAUAUCAGCAGAGUGACAUUCCCCUUUUGUGCGCAGAAAAACAUGAGCAUUUAAGUUUGUUAAAACCUCUACAACAUUAUACUUCCUGGCAAAUCCCCUUUUGCCCUCUUAAAAGAAAUACACCACACAAUAGUAUUAAAAUAAGAUACAGUUUACUCACAUGACAUCCUGAGUUAACAGCGUAAUCUCAGAAAGGCAGGUUUACGUAGAAAAGUUACAAAUAUGUACAUCUGGAGUCUUCUUAGUAGAGAAAGGCUCCAUCUGGUCUCUCUCUUGGCAGCAGGCCGAGAGGGAGAACCAUCCUAACUGGAGAUACUCUGGAGAUGUGUUCGCAUUGAAGAA